UUAAGUCUCCUCCUCCAUCGUAUUACUAUUCCUCACCACCACCGCCAAAGAAAUCACCUCCUCCCCCAUAUCACUAUAGUUCCCCACCUCCACCAGUUAAGUCUCCUCCUCCACAAUAUUACUAUUCCUCACCACCGCCCCCCAAGAAAUCACCUCCUCCACCAUAUUAUUACUCUUCUCCACCACCACCAAAGAAAUCACCACCGCCACCAUAUCACUACUCUUCCCCACCACCACCAGUAAAGUCACCUCCAACUCCAUACUACUACACCUCCCCACCACCUCCAAAGAAGUCUUCUCCCCCACCGUACUAUUACGCUUCACCACCACCACCUACUCAGUACUAUCCUCCAUAUCAUCAUUUGGUGGUCAAGGUUGUCGGAAAGGUCUACUGUUUUAGAUGCUAUGAUUCAAAAUAUCCAAAGAAGUCUCAUGGCAAGAAACACCUGAAAG